UGCAACGAUGACUUCGCAUUUAUUCAAAAUGUUAUAAACAGGAUAAACGAUGCAACUUAGAGCAAAAAACUUACUCACAACGCUAUAAUUUCCAGAUGUGUUUAUAACGACGAAGUUAUCUAUCACAGGAUCAGUAUCAUUCGCACUGCGCCGGCAACCGGUCGGCCCACACAAGGUUACGAUGAUAAUAGUGGCUCUCAUACUCGUCGCGCUUGCCGCGUUGUAUUAUUACAACACAAGGACAUUCAACUACUGGAAAGACAGAGGCGUGAAACAUGACAAACCUAUGCUCCUAUUUGGGAAUAAUCUAAGUAAUUAUCUCCAGAAAAAAAGUGUAACAGAAAUCGCAACGGAGAUGUAUUUCAAAUAUCCUAAUGAAAAAAUCGUCGGGUUCUUCCGGUCUACGCGCCCAGAGCUCGUGAUUCGGGAUCCAGAGAUUAUGAAAAAGAUUCUGACGGUUGAUUUCAUCUAUUUUUAUCCACGAGGUUUGAAUGCACAUAAGACCAUUAUAGAACCAAUGAUGCGGAACUUGUUCUUUGCGGACGGAGACUUGUGGCGGUUGUUAAGGCAGCGUAUGACGCCGGCGUUCACGAGCGGCAAGCUGAAGGCGAUGUUCCCGUUGAUUGUAGAGCGCGCUGAAAGGCUGCAGGAACGCACGCUCGCGGCUGCCGCCGGCGACCGUACCAUCGACGCUCGUGACCUCAUGGCCCGCUACACCACCGAUUUCAUAGGCGCCUGUGGUUUUGGACUCGACGCUGAUUCUAUAAACAACGAAACUUCUGCUUUUAGAAAAUUGGGCCAUAAAAUAUUCGAUGUAACAAUCAAGGACGCUAUAGUAGCGAUGCUCAAAGAAAUUUUCCCGCAAGCAUGUGCUCGUUUGAAAUACAUGGGCAAAAUGGAGCAAGAUUUGAUAGAUCUUGUAAACGAAAUACAAAGGCAAAGGAAUUAUGAACCGUCUGGAAGAAAUGACUUUAUUGACUUGCUCUUGGAAAUUAAAAAGAAGGGAACAAUGAUUGGCGAAUCGAUAGAAAAGUUUAAACCAGAUGGUACCCCAGAGCAAGCUACGUUAGAACUAGAUGAAAUUCUGAUGGCUGCUCAAGUGUUUGUAUUUUUCGCAGCCGGUUUUGAAACGUCAUCUUCAGCUACUAGCUUCACACUCCACCAGUUAGCCUUUAAUCCUGAUGUUCAAAAGAAAGUGCAAAGCGAAAUAGAUAAAGUAUUAGCAAAAUAUGAUAACAAAUUGAGUUAUGAUGCAAUUAAAGAAAUGACAUACUUAGAAUGGUGUUUCAGGGAGGCCAUGAGAAUGUUUCCUUCGCUUGGGUUUUUAAUUAGAGAAUGUGCUCGAAAAUAUACCAUACAAGAAGUAGAUGUAACAAUAGACGAGGGUACUGGUAUAGUAAUUCCACUACAAGCACUGCACAAUGACCCGACAUUCUGGGAUCAACCUGAAGAGUUCCGGCCAGAAAGGUUUCAUCCAGAUGAACUCAAUUCAAUCCAAAAACAAAUUUACCUGCCUUUUGGCGAGGGACCGAGAGUUUGUAUAGGUGAACGCUUAGGUCUCAUGCAGUCAAUGACGGGGCUGGCCGCCAUCUUAUCAAAGUUCACAGUGGAGCCCGCUCCUGAAACUCUAAGAAAACCGAGAGUGGAACCCAAAUCUUCUAUUGUGCAGGGUAUCCGAGGCGGUCUGCCGCUCUUGUUCAAGGAGAGGAAGACUGUGUAGCUGACAGCUUGUUUACCUAGUUCUAGCUUGCCUAGUGACUAUAGAACACUACCCGCACGAACUGUAACUUUUGUAUUUUGUAUUUGUUAAGUAGGCGUUUGGAUGUCAACUGCAGCUGCAUUACUCUUUCUCUCUCUGACUCUUCUGUCAAUUUCCUUGAUGUGAAAUUAAUGUCGUAAUCGCUGCAGGAAUAUGGCAGCGAAUGUAACACAAUUUAUCAAGAAAAUUUACAGAUACAGCGGCGGCAACAACGACGCUACAACAGCAAUGCAGCUGCAGUUGACAUCCGAAUGCCACCUUAAGUGAGACUGAACUAGUAACGUUCGCUGCGGUAAUUAGUGUAACUCAUAAUUAACCAUAAGUGUAUCGGGUAUUUCGGCCCAGUGCCGCAGUGAGCGUGUUAAUGUUUCUAAAGUAGUUAACAUUAUUAUAUUAUAAGUAUUAAUAAUAACUGGCACAUGCAUUCCAUUUGUAACUGUGCCCUUUUU